UUCAUUUUUUAUCACAUACUGAGAAAACCAGGUAAUGACUUGAUGAAUGUUUUAUGAUGAGAAACUGAUAUAGGUCCUAGAAUUACCAUAAAGCUGAAUGUUGCAUCCUACAUGGUUCGGUGACACUUUGUUCAGAUAUUCCUGUCAUGCAACCAACAAAGUAUCUGUUGAUAAGCCACUACUUAUAUACAGGUAACCUUUUACGGAAAUCAUGUGGAAAUAGAUUCAAGCACAAUAUUUCAGUUCUACCCAAACUGAAGUAAAUGUGAUAAUUUGGCGCACUAACAUGGUGAUAAUGUUUUUACCUGAUGGGAUUCAUGGACAGUAAUCUGACAGACCGCAGACAUAUUUGUCCAUCAUACUGAAAUUUAAAGGGGUGAGGAUGUAUAAUGGCACGUUCAAUUCCUAAAUGGAAUUUCUUUGGAAACACUAUUUCCAAAAGAUGAGAUGAGACACUAUUUAAUACUAAGUAUGCCAGUAAUCCUCUUUAUGUUAUUUUAACAAACCAUGCAAGGAAGCUGGGAUUUUAUCAUGACCCGGUUCAUACAGAUCUUUACAAGCUGAAAUAGGAACCCGAUGACCUUGUUUGUGAGAACAUUGUAUGUCAGGUGGGUAUCAGUUUUCUUGCAAGCAAUUUGACACCCAGCUAAAGCAAGCAUAUCUCUGAAGUCAUGUGACUUGAGGUGGGCUUAACACACAGAUACACUGGUCUUGACUACUACUGGUGACUACAGAACAGGACCAUGACGUACAUCGCUAAGACCUUCUAUGAUCUGAAGGCCACUACCCUGGAGGGGGAUUUGGUGGACUUCAAUGUAUUCCGAGGGCGGGUGGUCCUUAUUGAAAAUGUGGCAUCUCUCUGAGGGACAACUACCCGGGACUACAGCCAGCUCAACUUCCUCCAGAGCAAGUACCCCCACCGGCUAGUGGUCCUGGGCUUUCCCUGUAAUCAGUUUGGCUAUCAGGAGAACUGUUCAAAUGGAGAGAUCCUGAAUUCAUUGAAGUAUGUGCGCCCAGGAAAUGGCUACCAGCCCGGAUUCACUGUCUUUGAGAAGUGUGAGGUGAAUGGAACCAACACCCACCCUGUCUUUGCCUAUUUGAAAGACAAACUUCCCUUUCCUGAUGAUGAUCCACACACCCUCAUCCAAGAUCCCAAAUUCCUCAUCUGGAGUCCCAUCAGCAGGACGGACAUUUCUUGGAAUUUUGAGAAAUUCCUGGUUGGGCCAGAGGGAGAGCCCUUUAAACGGUACAGCAAAAAAUUUGAGACCAUCAACAUAGAACCUGAUAUACAAAGACUGUUGAGGCUAACCAAGACCUGAAAAUAGCAUGGACAUAAUCUCAUUGUAUGGUACCCUUUCCACUACACAAAUGACUUUACAUCCAUGAUAAAGAGGACCUAUUGUGAGCCAUCCUUUUGAGGUUUACUAAAUGAGGGUAAUAUUCUAAAAACCUUUGUGAAUAUUAGCUGAGGCCUUGUAAAUGCUCUAGAGUUAUAGGUCAUGCCUUGAUAGGUCUUCUUGCUCAUCAUGUUUCAUAAAAACUUCAGUUAUACGUUUAUAGAUCCUGACCUUUAGUAAACCCUAUUCUCUCGCUGUUGCCAUGCUGGCCAGCAGGUGGUGCCACUGAUUUGGUUAUUGAUUACAUUUUACUGACUGACUGACUGAUUUGUAUGUAAUAACAGAAAAGGUAAUGCAUUAAUAAAACAAAGAUAUUCAAAAGCGAAUUAAUUGCAGCUGUACAAAUUGUUGCUUUACUUAAAUUGACAAAUUGUGAUAUUUAAUAGUUAAUAGCAUAGGCGGAGUUUGACAUUUGAGCCGGGGGCGAAAAAAAAAAGAAACUUAUUUUUUUUACUAAAGCAGUUUAUGAAAUCAAAUG